AUGUACACACAGUGGACAAUUGUGAAUAUUUUCAUGGUCUCCUAUCUACAUCUCCUGCGGGGAUCUAAUUAUCAGCAUGGACCUGUGAAGCAGGCAUCUCAGUCAUUGUUAGAGCGUUCGGAGCAGCAGAUCCGGGCUGCAUCCAGUCUGGAGGAACUCCUCAGGAUCACUCACUCUGAAGACUGGAAGCUGUGGAAAUGUCGAGUGAAACUCAAAAGCUUAGCUACUAUGGAUUCCCGUUCAGCAUCCCAUCGCUCCACCAGAUUCGCGGCAACAUUUUAUGACAUUGAAACACUUAAAGUCAUAGAUGAAGAAUGGCAGAGAACUCAAUGUACUCCAAGAGAGACCUGUGUGGAAGUGGCCAAAGAGCUGGGGAAAAGCACUAACACUUUCUUUAAGCCGCCCUGUGUGAAUGUAUUCCGGUGUGGAGGCUGCUGCAAUGAAGAGAGCCUCCUUUGUAUAAACACAAGCACAUCAUAUGUUUCAAAACAGCUUUUUGAGAUAACAGUGCCUUUAACAACUAUACCCGAAUUAGUACCAGUUAAGGUUGCUAACCAUACAGGGUGUAAGUGCUUAUCAACUACUCAACACCACCCAUAUUCCAUCAUAAGAAGAUCCAUCCAAAUCCCUGAAGAGGAUCGCUGUCCCUACAGCAAGAAAGUUUGUCCGAGUGAAUUGACAUGGGACAGCAAUAAAUGUAAGUGUGUCACACAGGAAGAGAAUCCUCUCAAUGGGAUGGAAGAGCACUCCCAUCUUCAAGAACUGGCUAUUUGUGGGCCCCAUAGGAAGUUUGAUGCAGACCACUGUGAAUGUGUCUGUAAAAUGCCUUGUCCUGAUGAUCUCAUUCAGAACCCAGAGAACUGCAGUUGCUUUGAAUGCCGAGAAAGUCUGGAGAGUUGUUGUCAGAAGCAAAAAAUAUUCCAUCCAGAAACCUGCAGCUGUGAGGACAGAUGCCCUUUUCCUACCAGGACAUGUAUAAAUGGAAGACCAAUGUGCGCGAGGCACUGCCGAUUUCUGAGGGACAAAAAGGGCCUCCAUGGGCUCCACAGCAGAGAAAAUCCAUGAUAUUAUUUUUAUCCCUUUGCCAACCCUACCUUUCGGGGCUUUUGUAAACAGCGUGCUGCUUUGCCAAGUUGCUGUCACUUUCCAAGUGUUAGUAAAAAUGAGUCAACAUCCACUUCACUCAGCAAGAAUGAGACUAGCCCCCAUUUAUUUAUUCCAUUAAAUAAGCUGCCACGAAUGGAUUCACUGGGAAACCAGUCAUUGCCCACUGCCAGACGAUGCUUAUAGGGGUGAAGGACUGGACAAGGGACCAUAUUACAUGCAGCUUUUCUACAAGGAACCAAAAGGAUAAUUGGCAACGGAGUGACGGUUACUAUCUACUAAGGAGAAUGGACUAAUCCUUUGCUAACUGCAGCUCUUGUGAAAUCCUCUGAGUCUCUCUUGUACAGAAUGAUUUGUAAUAUGUUCAGCACUGACUUUUUGAUCUACUGUUCAGCUUUUGACUAUUGAGUUUGUUGAACUACUGCCUGAUGUAUCAUAUUUAAAUAUA